AUGAUAUGCCUUCUUGGUGGCAGUUUCAUCAUUCUUCAAUCUGAUUACGCCAAGGACGUUGCUCAGCCUACACUCACAUCAAAAAGGGUCGUCCAGGCUGACUAUUGUGCACAUCCAGAAAACUACAAUCCCGUUUUCCAUGAAAAAAUUGCGCCCUUAUGCAUCUGUAAUUGUGAAUUGCAUGUACUUACUGGGAGAAACAAUUUACUAGAUUAUUGA